CAGGAAGUGCUUGUGUGUUUGGGGACGUCAACACUUUUCCUCAGAAGCUCUGCUCAUUCCCACCGCAUUUGUGAGCCGUUUCAUGGGGCAGAGGCGGGGAGGUUAUCAUUAAGUAUCAUUAACGUUUACCAUUACAGAUCGAGCGGAUCGUGUGAGUUUGUGGACAGAUCGGGGUUCAUGUUUGAUGAUGAUAAUGGCAGCAGCAGCAGUCAAUGAGAGUCCUAACAGAAGCACUGAAGAUAAAACAUCCACCCGAGGACAGAAUGAAGUCAAUAGGAAGUUGAAGUACAUCAGUUUGGCGAUUCUGGUGAUCCAGAAUGCAUCGCUCAUCCUCAGCAUCCGUUACGUGCGGACGUUGCCGGGAGAUCAUUUCUACACCACAUCAGCCGUGGUAAUGGCAGAAGUUCUUAAAGUCUCCACCUGUGUGGUCAUCAUCCUGAUACAGAAGAGAGGUAAUGUGAAGUCCUUUGUAUCGUUGUUGUAUGACUCUAUAGUCGUACAGUAUUUGGACACACUGAAGUUAGCAGUUCCAUCACUCAUCUACACUUUACAGAACAACCUGCAGUAUGUGGCCAUUUCUAAUUUACCAGCAGCCACUUUCCAGGUCACGUAUCAGUUGAAGAUCUUGACCACAGCGUUGUUUUCAGUGCUCAUGCUGCACAAGAGUCUAUCUAAAAUCCAGUGGAUCUCUCUAAUGCUGCUGUUUGCCGGUGUGGCGAUCGUCCAGGUGGAUCAGGAGGGCGGAAAACAGAAGGAGGCUCUGACCAGCACCAACCAGAACUACUUCAAGGGCCUGGUGUCCGUGAUAAUCUCUUGCCUAUCCUCCGGGUUUGCCGGCGUUUACUUCGAGAAGAUCUUGAAGGGCAGCUCGGCCUCGGUGUGGAUGAGAAACAUCCAGCUCGGGAUCUUCGGGACAGUUUUGGGUCUCCUCGGCAUGUGGUGGAACGACGGCGCCGCCAUCGCCGAGAAAGGCUUCCUGUUCGGCUACACACCCAUGGUGUGGGGCGUCAUCUUCAACCAGGCCUUCGGCGGCCUUCUGGUAGCUGUUGUCGUCAAAUACGCGGACAACAUUCUCAAAGGCUUUGCCACCUCUUUUUCUAUCAUUGUGUCCACGAUCACGUCCGUCUACCUCUUUGGCUUCCACGUGGACCUGAUCUUCACGCUGGGCGCAGGAUUGGUCAUAGGAGCCGUCUAUAUGUACAGCCUCCCCAAACCAAACGCCAGCACUUCCAGCACAUCUUCAUCUAGUCACAGCGAAGGAGGAGACUCGGAGCUGGAAGCUUUCCUCCCAAAGUCAGUGCUGGUGAAAUGAAAUCUGUGUCCCCUUCCAUUAAUCGCUCUUUACCUCUCUCGGUGGAAGUCCUAACUCUCUCCUCUUUCUCGUUUCUCUCUGCUGCUGUGGGUUUGGGUGCUUCUGUGAACACUUAACCAUCUGGAUCAGACUAGGUCGUUCAUGAACAUGGCUGUCGGCACUUAAUUCAUUUGGAAAGCACAAACCAGAGAGACGUAGAUGUAGGUUUUGGGGUUUUCAGUUUUUCUCUUUUUUAUUACCAAAAACAUGUUGUGGCAUUUUUCACCUUUGUAGGCAUAUCUCUCUCAAACGUCUUCACCUCCCUUCCCUGUUUGGCUUAAACAGCUUUUUCCUGUUAGACAGCUCAAUCUUGGGGAAGAAGACGAAAACAUAAUUGCCAGGCUACUGCUGAGCAGAGGAACAGUGGGUUGGAUUGGCUUGAAAACUAAUGGGUGAAUCACACAAAACCUAGGCUAUAACUUCUACUUCAAAAUGCAGAGAGA